AUGUCAAACACAACGCAUAAGCCGACCAAACGCCACUUCGCUUUCCUGGGAGCCACAGGGAAUACCGGACGACUGAUAUUGAGCAAAUUGCUCACGGCGACAACACCGGAGGACAAAUUCAGCAUAUAUGUCAGAUCACGAACCAAGCUCGAAGCUCUUAUUCCUUCCAUAUCCCUGGACAAGCGAGUUGUCAUCUUUGAGGGCAGCAUCAAGGACGAGAGCCUCAUCAAAGACUGCCUCUCUGGUGCGCAGACAAUUUUCUGCACCGUCGGUGAGAAUGAGAACAUCCCGAACAUAACGGUCCUUCAAGAUAGCGCCCAGGCUAUCCUCACAGCGCUCUCGAGGCUGAGACUGGAGACAAGGACGCCGUCAGAGUGGACGGCGCCCCGGUUGCUUUUCUUGUCGUCGGCAACAUGGAACCCUCGAUUUGCCGCUGACAGGCCAGCACUGAUACACUGGAUGAUUUCAAAUGCAUUCGCGCGUCCGUAUAGUGAUCUUGUCAAGGCUCAAGAAACGCUGAAAAGUAACCCAGAUCUCGUCGAUCUGCUUCUCGUUCAACCUAAUGCACUUGUCAAGGAGCCAGCAACUGGGUGUGUGAUCAGCACCGAGUUUGCAUACAUGGCGGUGUCAUAUGAGGACCUGGCAGAAGGGUUCGUGCGUCUGGCUACCAUGCCACAGUAUUCAGACAUAGCUGCGAUUGGUGUCUCGAGCGCGAGAGCUAAAAAUGUAUUGCUGUACGCGCCAUUUGUUUUUGGGAAGAUUAUCCGAGGCUUGUUGUUUCAAUUUGUGCCGGGAUAUUGGCAAUUGGAAUAUGCUAUCACAAGACGUCUUGAUGGUUUAAAGGGGAAGAAGAAGGUUUAG